AUGGGUUCCGCCGGCUCGCCCGACCUCGCUGCGCUUCCCGCGCUCGAGACGCGGCCCAAGUUCAUCUUCUUCACCGACUUCGACGGCACCAUCACGCAGCAGGACAGCAACGACUUCAUGACGGACAACAUCGGCUUCGGGGCCGCCAAGCGCAAGGAGAGCAACAAGGGCGUGCUGUUCGGGCAGCGCGACUUCCGCGACGCCUUCCAGGAGAUGCUCGACAGCGUCACCACGCCCUUUGACCAUUGCAUCGACCUGCUGAUCCGCAACAUCGCGCUCGACGCCGGCUUCCGCGCCUUCUUUCACUGGGCCCGCGAGCACAACGUGCCCAUUGUUGUUCUUAGCGGCGGCAUGGAGCCCAUCAUCCGCGCCCUCUUCGAGCACUACCUUGGCAAGACCGACGCCGACUCGCUGCGCAUCGUGAGCAACGCCGUCAAGGUGCGCCCCGGCAAGACGAGCAUCAACGAGGAGGGCGGCUGGACUAUCUCGUACCACGACGACAGUGGAUUCGGCCACGACAAGUCUCUGGAGAUCCGGCCCUACGCGAACCUCCCGGCGGACGAGCGGCCGAUUCUCUUCUACGCCGGUGACGGCAUAUCCGAUCUCUCGGCGGCCAAGGAGACGGACUUGCUGUUUGCCAAGGCCGGCCGCGACCUCGUUACGUAUUGCGAGCGCGAGAAUGUGCCCUUCACGACGUUUCGGGACUUCUCCGACAUCCUCGCCACCGUCAAAGACAUUGUAGCCGGCGACCUCAGCGUCAAAGAUGCGGCGACGGGCAGAAAGUGA